UUUUUUUUAAACUGUUAUUUGUUUAUCUCGAAUAUGUGCUGCAUCAUUAACGGGCUUUUACUGACAAUGGCGCAUUAAAAUACGUGUCCUCGUCGAAACGGAAGCCGUUUUGCAAAGAGUAUCUGCAUCCGGUAUGAAACUGGAAAUGCCAGCAGAGACAAUGCCAACGAGUUGAGAUUAACAGAGGGGGGAUAACAACAGCGAACUGUCAACGCUGCCAAUAUGAUUAAUUUAAGGCAACUGGGCGUCUUUUACAGUCUCCUGUUCUUAUUGCUGAGCGCCCAGUUAACAUUAGUACGAUGCAAGCGAAAAGAAAUGCUCGCUGGCCGCCUGGAGAAUGUUACGCAGACGAUCUCAAAAAUUCUGCAAGGAUAUGAUAUUCGGUUGCGCCCCAAUUUUGGUGGCGAGCCGUUACACGUGGGCAUGGAUUUGACUAUAGCAAGCUUUGAUGCGAUCUCAGAAGUAAAUAUGGACUAUACAAUAACAAUGUACUUGAAUCAGUAUUGGCGCGAUGAGCGCUUGGCUUUUAAUAUCUAUGGACCGUACUAUGAUUCCGAUGCCGAUGAUGAUGGAGUCAACGAUGUGCUGACGUUGUCAGGUGACUUUGCCGAGAAAAUCUGGGUGCCAGAUACAUUCUUUGCCAACGACAAGAACAGCUUCCUACACGACGUCACUGAGCGUAAUAAGCUGGUACGUCUCGGCGGUGACGGAGCCGUUACCUAUGGCAUGCGGUUUACCACAACACUCGCCUGCAUGAUGGAUUUGCACUAUUACCCACUGGACUCCCAGAACUGCACCGUGGAAAUCGAAAGCUACGGUUACACAGUCAGCGAUGUUGUCAUGUACUGGAAGCCAACUCCAGUACGCGGGGUGGAGGAUGCCGAACUGCCACAAUUUACGAUCAUUGGCUACGAGACGAACGAUCGGAAGGAGCGUCUGGCCACAGGGGUUUAUCAGCGUCUGUCGCUCUCCUUUAAAUUGCAACGCAACAUUGGAUACUUUGUGUUCCAGACAUAUUUGCCCAGCAUACUCAUCGUGAUGCUAUCCUGGGUCUCGUUUUGGAUUAAUCACGAGGCGACAAGUGCUCGGGUUGCACUCGGCAUUACAACAGUGUUGACCAUGACUACGAUUAGCACAGGUGUUCGCAGUUCAUUGCCACGUAUUUCCUAUGUGAAAGCAAUUGAUAUCUAUUUGGUAAUGUGCUUUGUGUUCGUUUUUGCGGCGCUCCUUGAAUAUGCUGCAGUCAAUUAUACAUAUUGGGGCAAGCGGGCCAAGAAGAAGAUCAAAAAGCUGAAAGAUUGUGAUCGACAUAAAAUAGGUAAAUUGGAAAAGUCCGAAACGUGUUCAACCACAGAAGACAUUAUUGAGCUGCAGGACGUACGCAUGAGUCCUAUACCUUCGUUGCGCAAAGGUAACUACAAUGUGACCCUCGGCUCCAUUGGCACCGAGACCAUGGAUUUGGCCAAGUUUCCGCCAAGUUUUCGCAUUACCCGCAACUAUGGCACAGGUCGCAGUCAGUUGCGACAUCGCGGUCAACGGGGAAUCUCAGCGCGUCCACGCGUGAUGCACGCCAUUAAGAAAAGCGCCUCGGCCAUUAGGGCGACAAUACCAAAGAUCAAGGAUGUCAACAUUAUCGACAAAUAUUCGCGCAUGAUAUUCCCGAUAAGCUUCUGUGCUUUCAAUCUUGGCUAUUGGAUCUUCUACAUACUGGAAUAGUUCUAGUCAAAUACGUAGUCAUUGCCCCAAU